CUAUCCGGCAACCGAUUCCAACCAAACCCCUUCUCCCCCAUCCAAUCCCGACCCCAAACCGAGCCCGACCCAGCCAUGGCCGAGGCCGACGACCACCACCCCCUCGCCGCUGCGGCCUCCUCCUCCGCCGGCGACGAUGACGAGGGCACGGACACCGACGCGUCCAACUCCGAACUCGCCAACCACCGGGACCCUCCACCCCUCACCGACGCGACCUCGGCCCCGCCUCCCGACGCCGCCCCCGCCGAGCCCACCGGCGCGGCUCCGCCGCCGCAGCCUCCGCCUCAGCCGCAGGGCGCAGGCGCCGCGGAGGACUCGCGGCGGCUGUUCCAGCGGCUGUGGACGGACGAGGAGGAGCUCCUCAUCCUGCGCGGCUUCCUCGACUUCACGGCGCGCCGGGGCACCACGUUCGCGUCGCACCAGUACGACACGGGCCCCUUCUACGAGGAGAUCCGCCGCCGCCUCUCCUUCGACUCCACCAAGAGCCAGCUCAUCGAGAAGCUGCGCCGCCUCAAGAAGAAGUACCGCGUCUGCGCGGCGCGCGUGGCGGCGCAGGGCGCCGCGUUCGCGUUCCGGAGCGCGCACGAGGGCGCCAUCUACGACGUCGCGCGCCACAUCUGGCGCCCCGCGUUCAGGCGCGGCGAGGGCGCCGGCGCUGCCGACGCCUCCGACGAGGACGAUAUCAACCCCGCCGCGGCCGCCGCAUUGCCUAACGCGGUGGAGGAUGGCGGCGGCGGCGGGAGCGCGUCCGCGCCCACGCCGAGGGGCAGGGGAGGCCGCCGCGUGCGGAGGAGGACGGCGCAAGAGCUGGAGGCGCCAGCAUUGCCUUCCACGUCGGCGCUGAUGUUGAACGACGUGGUUCAGGAGCCGCUCGUUGUCUCUGUCGAAAAUUUGGCGCCGGCAUUUGCACCGCCGCAAGUGCCGAUUGUCUCACCAGUGGCGGCGACACCUGCACCUUCGCCCAUGGCAGCUAAUGGCGGUGGCGCCACCGAGGAGGUUGUCCGGAGUAUCCUCUCGCCAUUGCUGAGGGAGUUCAUCAGCUCUGUCGCUGUUGCCGGGCAGGCUGGGCUCGGAUUGGGGUUUGGCAUGGGAUUUGGCGGCAUUGGUGGCUUUGACAUUCUUGGCCCUGGUUUCGGAGCUGCCGGCCCGAACCCUGGGAAUGGGAUGCGGCCCGGUGAUGAGAAAUGGAAGCAGCAGCAGAUUCUGGAGCUUGAGAUUUAUCUCAAGAGGAUUGAGCUUGUCCGGGAGCAGGUGACCGCUGCUCUACAAGAGCUCAGGUCAUCCGAAGGUUGAUUGGCUAUCUUCUUCCAAAGUUGUUCUCGUCAGAGCCCCGUAGAUCACAUUGUUUUCUCAGAGCCCCGUAGAGUUGCUCGCUAUAAAUAUAUUCUAAUUGUACUUGAUUUUAAGUUAGGUGUUUGUAGUUGUCAUAAGAUUAGAGGCUGGAAACAUUGAUUUGUAGAUGGAACGAUGAUGAAUUAUUUACCUCCUACCCACCACAUCAUUGCCAGACAUGUUCAUUCCCACAUUUGAUAGCAUAGAUUGCAGUGAAUAGUUGCCAUGAUAAGUCGCUAACCUUGCUAUCUUUGAACUGGGAAGUUUGUGUUCCUUUCUAUCAUUUUAUAUUAAGUAGUCCUGACAAGCUGUUAGUGUCACAUUUGUACGUUAUUUUAGUGAGCAGCAGUGAGCACAAACAAGAGAAGAAUCCAAGAAUCAUUUAUGUAUUGGGAAGACGGUAGCUUCUACCUAUUGAAUCAAUCAUUAACACA